AUGACAGUUAGCCUCCGUGUCACAUCGAUUCUAAGCACAAAACCACCUCAACGCGUCCCUACUGACUCACCCUCCAAGGCUCCUCCGAGUUCAAUCGAUGCUCUUAUUCUCUAUCAUCAAACCUUAACUCUAGGACGUUCCCCCAAUAAAACCAUCCUCAUUUCCGCCAUUAAAGCAUGCACUCUUCUCCCAGCCUUCCAACAAGGCAUAGCCAUCCAUGCCCAGAUCAUAAAAACUGGUUUCCAUGCCGAUCGUUUCCUCGCCAGUACUCUCGUUUGCUUCUAUUCUGCCUUUGGUCAUGUAACCUCUGCAGAACAUGUGUUCGAUAAGGUCAAUGACAAAGACACAGCGCUGUGGACCACCAUGUUGGUGGGUUAUGUCCAGAAUGGUGAUAUCGACGCAGCCCGCCGUUUGUUCGGUGAAAUGCCUAACAGAGACGUUGUUGCUUGGAAUGCUAUGUUAAGCGGUUAUUCUCAAAGUGGAAUGCCCAAGGAUGCCAUCCAACUAUUCCGAGAAAUGCAAAUUGCAAAGCUUAGACCUACUGACGUUACACUAGUAAGUGCCCUCUCAGCAUGUUCUCAGUUGGGUUGUCUGUCUCUUGGAGAAUGGAUUCAUGCUUACAUCGAAAGGUACCAUGAUAUUAGGUUCACUUCAACAUUAGUUAACUCCCUUGUGCAUAUGUAUGGAAAAUGUGGUAGAUUGGAUAUUGCUUAUGAAGUUUUUCUUGAGAAAGGCUCCGGGAACCUGGAAUCGUGGAAUGCCAUGUUGACUAGUUUUGCCAUCCAUGGAUGUGGAAUGAGUGCUCUGUCGCUCUUCUGCCAGAUGAUGAAGAUGGGUUUGAUGCCUGACAGGAUUACUUUUAUGGCCGUGUUAAUGGCAUGCAGUCAUGGUGGUUUGGUCGAUCAUGCUUAUACAUGUUUUGCUUGCAUGAGUCGAGUGUAUGGUCUUCAACCCAGGACCGAGCACUAUGGCUGUCUGGUGGAUGUUCUCUCCAGGAAAGGGCUUCUAAAAGAAGCAAACAUGAUCAUAGAGAAGAUGCCUGUUGAACCUGAUAGCAAUGUAUGGGGGGCUCUACUGGGUGGUUGCCUGACUCAUCAGAAUUAUGAACUAGGUUUAAUUGCGGCCGCCCGCCUUCUGGAGCAAGAAUCCUAUGAAGAGAGUCGCCUCAUAGCACUGUCCAAUCUUUAUGUCAUGGCUGGAAAACAUGAAGAAGCAGUCAAUGUGAGGAAGAUGAUGUUGGAGAUGGGGAUCAAGAAGUCCUCAGGGAGUAGCUUAAUUGAGGUUGAUGGUAUUGUUCAUGAGUUUUUAGCUGGGGACAGAUCACAUCGCCAAUCAGUGGAGAUUUACUCCAUGGUUGAGACAAUUGAUAAAUUAAUGUGUCUAAAAGCUUGA